GAGCAGCAAUCGGAAAGAUAAGGAAAUACCGAAAGUGAAGACCAUCGUUGAUCAAGAGAGAUAGUCGGCGACAACAAUUUCGCCUAAACCGUUUUUCAAUCUGUUACGAAUUAAGAUCUUAUGCCAAUCGUCAAGGACCUCCAAUCCAUUUUCGUCUGUAGCCAUGUCUUCCACGAGCUCUGCAUACAGCAGUGGUUCGAGUACGUUUGAGCUCUACAAACAAAAGUGUGUGGCGAGUAAUAGCGGUCGUCUUUAUUUUCAGUCGGCGGCGGAUUAAUGCUGUUCGGUUCAGAAGCCGCUGGAUCUGGAAGAAAAUGGUGAUGUCUUGCGUGGCGAAGUGAAGAGAUUAGAGGUGAAAGUCUCAGGGCUGAUCUAGGUGGUGGAACGCCAAGCAGAGGAGCUCGUGGUAUUAAUCGAUUCUCUUGUAUGGAGUUGUGAAAAGAUAGAAUCCUAGAAAAAGAAUUCGAACAAGAAGGAACUGGCAUUGAGAGAAAAGCCAUCCAUUCAGCAGAAGCUUGAUUCAAAAUUUGAGGUGAUUGUCAUGCGAUUGUGUAUCCCAGGGUUCUAGGAACUUAACAAAUUAAAAUUGGAGUGCUCAAGGCUAGAACGAAGGAACAUGGCUUUGGCAAAGGAGCUUACAGUGCUCAAACUGUGUUUGCAUGAGUUUUUUCAUUACCUGGCCAAGGUUUUGAUUAUGAUAGUGUGUUGCUUACCGGUUCAUUUUUUUAUUAUAGGGUGUCUGAUUUGGAUCUGGAGCAACACUAGACUGUAAAGCUUGCCUCACUAGGUAAUGAAGCCAACGCCUAAGAUGCAAUAGAUGAUCUUAGUCGGUCUUUGGCUAGUCAUAAGAUGAACUAUAAAGAAUUGAUGGCUAAGUGCAACCUUCUUGGUAGAGGUGAAGCUCAUUUGCAGAAGAAACUUGAGAAGGCUAAAGGGAAGAUAAACAAAUUGAAGAUGAGAAUCCAAGAGUUGGAAACAGCAAUUGAAGAGAAAAAUAAUGAAGUCUUAAGGGCAAUAAAAGCUUCAAAGGAAGGGAGUCCUACAAGUGUCAUCUUGAAUGUAGAUGACCAUUCUAAUAAUGCAAUGACAAAAAAUUCUUUGGCAGAAGUUCAAAUGGAACAAUCAUUUGUACUUGUAAAUGGGAAUAACGUUGAUUUAAGUAAAAUAUCACCAAUCCACAAAACAGAAGACAUCAGUUCUGUUAGUCAUAUUGGUUCAAAUCACCCUAGAGGUGCAAAAGCCAUGGCUCUUGGGAUAGAGAGAAGAGAUUUCAUAAUCAUAGAUGCCAGUGCUUGGACAUCUUCUGUGUCUGUGCAUAGACUUUCAAGUCUUGAUUUGCAACAUCAAAAUCAAGAGAAUGUGAUUAAAGAGUCUGCUCCAUCAAUGUCAGAGGCAGAUUCUGAUAUCAAUGGAGAAGAAACAUUGUUGACAGGCCAGUUAAUGUAGUUGGGCUUUCAUAACUGAACAAGAGUGGUUCCCAUUUCAUUACUUUUGGGACCACUAGAAAAUUAAGGGAAUAUAUGUUUCUCUGGAGUCUGGUGGAUUGCUAAGUCCUGAUGGAACAAAGUGGCAUUUGGGGAAAUGGUGCGAGCGUGGCAAGAUGACAGGGACAGGGGCAACUGCACAUGGUUCAAGUUCAACUGCAAAUAGUGGAGAUUUGAUUGCUGUUGGCGCUGAUGGGAGAGGUGGUAGAAUAAAGUUAUGCAGUCUAUGAAUCAACCUUCAUUGUCAUGCUCAUGGAUCAGGUACUUGCAUAUUGUGAAUGGCACGUGGUGAGUUCCUCGUACGUCCAUCAUUGCAGGAUGAUAAGGAGAAAUCAGGUCUCUGAAAGAGACUGAAAAAUGGAGCCAAAACAAGUUUGCAAUCUCAAGAUGCUUGCAAAUGGGACACUUCUUUGGGAAGACAAGUCAAUGGUUGAAUUUUUAAGGUGCAUGCAUUUCGGCCGAGAAAACGAGGUACAUGCAUUAGUGAGUUGCUAGCUUUGAAUUAUUUCGUCCAAUACAACAAGAAUAGCUGUUUAUUUCCAUGCUUGUUAAUUUGAAAUUAAGAGCAUCUUCUUCUUUUCUUUUUUUUUUCUUUUUAAAUUAAGAGCAUCUAAGAUA